CCUUUCGAAAUAAUAAAGAAAAUUAUUAACCAUUUUUUUUCGGCCAAAUCCAAGCAUGUGAUUAAAAAGUGGUUGCAAAACGUUCAUUCAAACAAAGCAGAAGACGGAGCGCAACAGUCAAAACAUUUUUCCAUUCGUCGCGUGGAGGAGGCGUAAACGGCGGGGCCGCCCCCAGUGAUUCGUCCGGCAGAUUGUUGUUGUUGAUUUGGACCACACGAUCAGCUGUUUCCUAAACGCCUCCGAACCCCGAAGUUGUGCCGUGGCCCUCCCGUUUAGUGUGAUGUGAACUCUCGGUGGGUGAGAUGGAAAACUUCAACGAAUACUGGGAGCUGCUAGCUGAUAAGCGUGAUUCGAUUGCCAAAGAAAUUAUCGCCUACUACAAAACGCUAGAUGAUCGUGAGGAUGGAACCGAGCUGUCGGAAGCUUGUCGUGCGUUUUUGCAGAAAAAUCUGCUAGUCAAUCCCUACCCUUCCUGCCAGCUGCUAAAGCUGCUCGCUGCUUCACGGAUUUCCGGUAAAAAUGCUUCAAUCUACGAAAUCGCGACGGCUGCGGUGCUGGACGCAUUUAGUGAGGAUCUGGCCGCCACCAAACGCUACAGCAUCCUCGCCAAUGGGCUCGUAUCGAUGAAAGCGAUCAACGGACUAAAAAUGCGCAUCACCGAUGCCCUAGAUAGGCAACAGAUCGACCUGCAGGUGCUCGUGCUGGCCGUAUUUUCCCGGCGCAGUUUCAAAUUGCUGCUACACUUGCUCCCCGAGCUGUCCGGGAUGCUGAACCAGCAGCACACGGCCGAUGCGAUCGAGGGAAAGCAACAUUUCCUGCACCGUUUACUGGCAGAGCAGGAACAGGGCUUGAGUUUGCACCAGCACCGAAGCUACUUGCACUUUGUGCGCCAAGUUGUGGAAGCUAAUAGGACCACCGGGGGCGCAUCCUUUGCCGCAUCAGAUGAAUCUUUUGAACCCGUCGUAAAACCCUCCGACAUCGAACGAAUGUAUCUUUUAGCGUACCAACUCGAGCUGAAGCGCUGUGCGAUGCUGCAACGUGCCUUGACCAUCGACGAGGAGCGUCUACCAGUGGCCGAAUAUUCGCAGCAUACCUCCGUCCUCGCACUGCUAGUGAAAGGCCAGAUAAACGUACUGGACUACGAAUUCCCGGCACUGAGUGAUGUGAUUGUUAUGAACCAUAUGAUGCUCGAAGAAAUAGAAGCAUCGCGGGCUCAACAGCCACGCGAAAAUGUCGAAUCCAUGAUCGCGCUACAUGUGCAGACGAUCAUUGUGCUGUACAAAGCGAUAGAAACGUCACAAACGGUACCGAACGGUAGCGAGCAGCAGCAGCACAGUAGCAACAUGAUCGAAGGGCAGUUGAAAAGUUUACUCAAGGAAGCCGAUCUACCGACCUUCCUCGAUAUCAUAGAGUCCAUCCUCACGCUGCUGUUUGUCCGGAGCGAUACCAUGGCCCCCGCCACGGCUCUCGGCGAUCGUAAGCACUUCCUGUGCAGCUUUGCGCUGCUCAACAUGAUCGCCUCUUGCGUGAAAACGAUCAUGAUAACGCGUAAGCACUCGGAAGCGAGCGAUAAGCUUUGUCAUCGUUUUCAGAAGCUGUUCGAGCUGGUCAACGACAUGUGCUGGCGCUUAUCGCUGUUUGUCGAUACGACGGCAGUGCCUACACGGAAGCAACCCGCGGCGAACGCUCUGAUUCAACUUACCGUCCCACCACCCAUACCGACGACCAUGACUCAUGCCACGCAAUCCAUGAGCGAAUCGGGAACGCUCGCGAGCGGAAGAGGCGGAACGAUGCUCUACCGGAGCGUGGAAUCGAUGACGAUCAGUGCGGACGGUGCCCCGUCCGGUACCUACCACAAACGUACCACACACUACGGAACACUUCCCCGGCACAAGCCAGUCCGGAAACAGUACAGUCGUACUGCUGCACCGAACCAGAGUGGCCCCUCAGGUGGUAGCAACAAAGAGCUGCUCCCGCAGCGAUCUCAUUCCAUCGGGAGUAAGGCGGCUGAUGAACCGGUACAUCGGUUCGUGCGGCCAAAUCCUGCAGACGAACCAAUCUCGAAGGAUGAGCGCCGUGCGUUUACGAAGCUAUUUGCUACCCCCGAAACGCUUGCCCUGGCUUGUCUGACGAGCGAUAAGGUGUCAUUCGCUAAGCAGAUCAUCGAAAACCACGGUCUCCAGGAGCGACCAGUUGGUUGCUUGGUGCAGCGAAUGGAACAGAUGGAAACACUCAGCAGCAAACUGAUCGAUUUGGUACAGAAGCAAGAGCGAAGAAACCAACCAGAUUCCCCACCAAACAGUAGCGAUAGUGAUACGCUGCUGCACGAUAUCCGUACCAAGACGGCGGUCGGUUUCGAGGUGUCCAAGGUGUUGAGUACGAUCGAGACGUUCCUUAAGGCACAAACCGACGGUAUGCACGCGGAUGAUGAUGAUGGGAGCGAUGACGCCGUUCUGGUCGCACCCAUGGACCGUUUCGUUGGUCGCUAUCCCUUUCUGGGAAUGCACACGGGCAAGAAUCUCCAUCUCAGCCAGAUCGUGGACAUUGUGCUGACGCUGCCGUUCAAGUACGAGCUUAAUCUGAGUGUCUACAAUUUUCUGCUGAAAAAUGUGCAACGCACCACACUCCGCGGUAUGUCGGCCAGCACGAUCAACGAGGGCAAUGGUACAGGCAUGGGAGGAAUCGCUAGUGGAGCAGGUCCGUCGGCCGAACCGUUGAUGGUCGGUAAUUUUGUGUCGUUCUUCGGCACCCUCAUCGAUACGAUGCACAUUGCGCUCAAAACGGACAGCCAGCUGUCGGAUCAUCGCACGAUCGGUCAGCUGCUGACACGUGAACUUUGUCCCAUCGAUGCAGUCGAGAAUGGGUUAGCCUUGAAGCGUCGAGCACGGUUCCAUGCGAUGGCGGCAACAGUGCCGGUCUCGGACACGGAUCGAUCACCGCUCCUGGCACUCAACGGUUCGGUAUCACACGAUCGCGCCAAACAGUUCCUACAGCAUCUUCAGUACCUACUCCAAUUGACCACCGCAACGGGCGCUACGCAUGGACCCGAUUCACUGCUACGCAUGGAUGUACGCAACGUACUGCUGGAGGCGAUACUGGAAGGAACUACAUCCAUUACCGCACUCGCUACGAUGGCCGCCAAGCUGGGCAUCAAUAUGGUGCAAACGAUUGGCCGUUGGUUGUUGAGUGCUUUAAGUGAGUCAGCGAAGGAAAUCAUCGGUGAGGGAAAGAAACACUCUACAUUCUGGCAGUUUCUUGGCGAUCAAAGUGAGCUGCUGCGUAAGAUUUGCUCCAUUCAACUACUGGACGAUGAAUCGGAAAACAGUUCCACCUCACCUUUGGUGCAGUAUAAACGGUUACAGGAGAGGACUGGCGAUCGGAAAGCGCUUCCUAUACACUGCGAUCAACUACGCUCGGCGCACAGCCAAGCUAAUGCGCUGUUUCCAGUGGUCAGCAGCACCGAUCGGCCAGCUUGCUGUUUGCUGCUAAACGGAGAGAAUGAUACGGAUGAUGUAAGUUCCAGUAACAGCUGGCAGAAGACUCUCCCGGUGCAGCUCCGUCAUCUAGGACACUGCUCGGUAGACGAACAAGCGAUCGCACUGCUCGAUCAGGUCGAACAGUUUGCGAAGGCGAGCGAAUGGAUCAGUGCCUCGGAGCACCUCUUGACCGCGAUCAAGCGUCCGGCGUGCGAGGUGCAGCUCCAGUCCCGGGCAAACGAGCUGCGUAUGUACGUGCGUGUUGGGGCACUGUUACGGUUGGAACCGGCCACGGAAGAUUGGCGGAAUGUACGUAAACACUCGCUCGAGAACAGUAGCCAGGUGUUGCAGCAACUGAUCGAGCAGCGCGAGUACACCGUGUGUGCCGACUGGAUUAAGCGGCAUCCGAUCGAUCCCGAUCGUGAUCUGGAGAUGUUCAUGUACGCCGUCCGUAAGGCACACGGUGGUGGCGGUGACGGUGAAGUUGUGCAAGAGACUGAACCAUCGCUGCUCCUCUUCGGCAUCAUCGAAACGAUGCCGAUCGGUGCGGUUGUGAAGCUGUACGAAGCGAUGCUCGUCACCAUCCGGAACGUUCCGAUCGUACGCUACAUGCUGCGCUAUCUGCAAAAUCACGGCGAUCGGCAACCGCUCUACCAGAAGUAUCACCUUUCGCUGACCAUCUUCGAGCAUCUGUCGCGUACCGAGUACGAUGGCCUGUGGAAUCUCGUAAGCCGCCCGCUGCUCAUCCUCGAGCAGUGUCUGAUGAAUUCACGGCUCGAACUGUUGGCCGGUGUGAUACGAUCGAUACGGCCACUGCUGGCACGGGACCUCUGCCGGCAGUGUUUCGAGCAUCGGGAGUACAUACGCGAUCUGCAGGAAACGGUACACGGCCAGGGCCAGGGUCAGGGCCAGAAGGCACGCAAUCCGCAUCAUGACGGCCUGUACAUCGGUCACGAGUGUGUCGAUUGCCUGCUGCGCAUCUACGCCAGUAAGGCACUCGAGUAUAAGGUUUUUCCCAAUGAUCUCGCCGAUCCGCUACACCAUCGUCACGAUCCAACGCUGGCUAUGGGUGAGGUGGGCUCGACGAUGAGUCUUGAUUCAUUGGCCGGUGAAGUGCCGACGACUGGUGGACUACCGUUUGUGUUGCCAAAGGAAAUUCCCCCUCGCGAUCAGUGGAUUAAGGACGAAGAGACGCUACACUGUAUGUGUUGCCGGCGAACUUUCUCGAUGCUGAACCGUCGUCAUCACUGUCGCCGGUGUGGCCGGGUUGUCUGCCAUUCCUGUUCAAAGCGAAAGCAGCGUCUCGGUAGCUUCUACGAGGAGAUCCCCGUACGGAUUUGUGAUGAUUGCGGUCGAUUGUUGGGCGACGGAAGCGAUUUGAGUACCAGCAACGCCAUCAGCACUCUCCAAUCGAAGCGAACGGUGGAAACAGCGGCGACCGAACGGGGUGUCGGAAUGGGGGACAAUGGCCGACCGGUACCACAGUACGAAUGGCAGCUGACGGGUAACGAGCGGUACGAUCGC